AUGGCAACAUCACUAGACAGCUCUUCGAUGGAGGAUGUUACAUUGUGUUCUAUAUGUUUCGAAAAGUUCAAGUCGCCGAGGUUUUUACCGUGUACACAUUCUUUCUGUCACGGGUGUUUAUCGUCCUACAUCGUGAGCUUGUGUAAAUCUACGGAGACUCGUUUAGGAUUUAAUUGUCCAUUAUGCCGUGAGUAUACGCCCAGUCCUGGCGCCUUCGAUGAGCCAGACGAGUGGGCGGGGCUUUUUCCUGUGAAUGCAAUGUUGAGGAAAAUUUUAGACAAAUCAGACCAAUUGCUUUGUGAGCCAUGCUUGAGAGAAAAAGAAGAAGAGGAGGCCUCGGACUACUGCUUUUCAUGUUUAGAACAUUUAUGCAAAAUGUGUACGAAGUACCACAGGAAGAAUUUGUCGUCACGAGACCACAAAGUAUCUCCAUUGAAUGAACUGAAAUCGGCGAACAGAAGAUCCAUUGUUGAUAUCUCAAACAGCUGUGCCACGCAUAAGGAUGAAAAAGUUAGGUUAUAUUGCUUUGAUAACGAACAGUCCUGUUGCGCAAUGUGUGGUGGCAUGGAACAUAGGAAAUGUGAGCAGUUUGAUACUAUUGAAAAUGUUGUACGUGUUUUUAAGGAAAGCGGCAAGGUUGACUCCAUUAUGGAUGAUGUAAACAAGUGUAAAAGUAAAUUAGAAAAUGCCAAAAACGAAGAAGAGAAGAACAUAACGAAAAUUCGGUUGAUGAAAUGA